GCCCCUGGGGGAAGGCGAAAGGGGGCGGCACCCGUUCCGCUCCGCCUCCCGGGUGGGGGUGUCCGGCCGUGCCCGGGCGCUGAUCACCUCAGCCCCGCAGGCCGCUGGGCUCCCGGCGUCCUCAAACUUAGUUGGUAACUUCCCCGGUGCCGGCGGAGCCAGCCUCGUCCCGGCUUGGUUGCUCUCAGGGACGAACCGGUGCCUCGGCGGGGAGGGCACUGGGCAGGGGUGCUGAGGAGAUCCCAGCCCCUGCUCUGGCUGUGAUCUUGGUGGCUGAGGUCUUGGUUUCACUAUGAGAAGAGAAUCAGGCUGGAUGGGUUGGCUGCAGCAGAACAUGCAAGUUCUGAUUCUUUCUCCUUGCUGGAUUUUUUCACUUCAGAUGAAUGUGUAAUUACAACUAUGGCAACAAGAGUAGAAAUAAGUUCUGCUUUGGCAUCUUUGACAACAGUCCCCGACCUAAAGGAGAUCAGGAGUGAGGAUAAAUCCCAGUGUGUGUAUGUGAGUGUGCUUUCAGAUGCAAGCAACAAGGCAAAGGAGGCUGCAGCAUCACUGACUCUUGAGGAGAAGAAUAAACUUGGGAGUCCCUUGAGGUCUGCAACAAUGCCAUCACUAGGAUCUAGACCAAGACUUUUCCCCAAGCCUUUUUCUAAAGAGAAAUCCUCAGAGACUUUUGCAAAUGUCAAACCACCUGUCCCAGCUUUCAGGUCAAGCAGCUUGAUUAGAAGAGCUGCUGAAGAAACAUCAUCUGUCAGGGUGCUGAGUGGGAACGUUCCUCCCUUGCUAGAUCAGAAGGCAAUCGAGAAGGAAAGCAAGGCUGGGGGGGACGUUGUCACCAACAUGACUUUCUAUACUGGUCCCAGUGCCAACACUGUCAUCCUCUUUGAGGCAGCCACGGAGCAGCCAAAGGUGAGCCUGGCCCAGGAGAAGAGGGCAGCUGAUGAGCACAGGGGCUUUGGGAGCCUGCAAACAAAAGAGCUUCAGUGCAGCACAAAGCUGGAGAAACCAUCCCAGCCACCUGAAGCAUCCAGGAGACCUGAAGGAUCCCUGCACAGGCAGAUAUCACUUUCCUCCAGUGUUAGACCAGCCUCCUGGACCCCCCCCAAAACGAGUGACAAAAAAGAUGCUUGUGAGGGUCAUCCAGGGGGUAAAAAGAAUGAUGAUACAACUAAUAGCAACAGUAAAGCUGAAUUCUCUCUUGCUGUGCAGCAGCAAAGGCCCAAACCCAGACCAGUAUCUGCGAUUUUUCUGGACUCGUUACGAGAUCCAAAGCCUUGUCCUGUGGAAGCUUCUGAGGAGAAAUCUCCUACAGAGAAAGCCUGGGUUAGAAAACCAAGGCCUUUGUCCAUGGACCUGACAGCUAAGUUUGAACUGAAGGAUUUUUCUUCUUGCAAGAAGCCUUGUUCAUCUCAUGAAAGCAAGGAGAAUGUCUCCAUAACUUCUGCUGCUGACCUGGGCUCCCAUGAUCAGGCUGAAACGGGGCCAAAACCUGAAGGAACUGAAUUUACUAAAGGCAGCUCUUCCAAAGGGAAUCUGAAGGGCAGCAGUCAGGACUUGGGCAUCCUAAGCAAUGGAAAAUACAGCUGGGAAACGAAGCUUAAAUCUAAAAGUGAACAAACUGAGGCAGCACCAGGGGUGAACCUGCAGAGUUCUGAGAGGAGCCGUGAAAGCCCCAGAGAGGAGGGGAAGAGACAGGCUCAGAGGGAAGGGUGCUCAUUCCCAGGCUCCCAGAGCCCUGCAGCUUCCUCGGAAAAAGAGAGCAGCAUUGUAAGGGGCAGUGUGAAAAAACACAUCCAUUUGUUUGCUUCAGAAACCCCCAGCCUGCCGGGGGAUGCAGAGGGGCUGCAGGCAGAGAGCAGGAGUGUGAGCAUCCAGCAGAGGAUCAAGGAGCUGACCACAGAAAACCCUGAUGGGAAGCCAGGAAAUCCACGCAGGUCACUCCUGUCCCGGCCACUUUCUGCAGACAAAACAAAGAUGUUUUCAAGUCCGACAUCACCCGGUGAGGCAAAGCCAGAGAAAUCUGCUGAAACCAGAAACGAGCCUGUCCAUGAAGUGCAGGAAAGCCAAAAAAGUAAGGAGAUGCAGCUUGCCCAUGGCACGGAUCCCACGGAAGCCUCCGCUGCUGGCAGCUCCUGGAAACCCCGGCAGGUCUUAAAAAUAACAAAUAAACCUGAUCAGCUAGAGAGAAAGGGAAGCUUCCUGGGAGAUGGGCAGCAUUUCGCUCAGCAAAGUGAGAGUUCUGUCUCAUUCACCAGCAACUUGGAAAAAAAAUUAAAGCCAACCACACCUAUGGAAAAAACCUGCAUUAAAACUGUCCGAGCCACCAUUUUUGACCAUAAUGUUCAGAGGUAUAAUGUUGCUGCUGAGCAUCCAGGGACUGAUCCUGUUCCCAAAAUGAAUAAUGAGACCAAGCAAGAUGUGGUGACUUUGGGGCACAACAGACGAUCAUGGAUGGGAGGAGUGGAGGAAACCAUUAGUAUAAAGAAGGAGUACCAGAAGCAGCCUGAUUCAUCAAAACCUGUGGCAGAUGUAGAACAAUCUGGCAAAUCAGCUUCUUCAGGUGGAGAUAAGAAAAUUACUCCAGGAAUUCUCUUAGAAAAAUCUUUGGUUCAGCCAAGUGAAAACCCCUCUCCUAAAGCUGCAGAAGAGUCCCCAGUUCUCCAAAGAAUAGAGCCCAGAUAUGAAAUCUUCCAGACAUGUGGGGAAAGAGCUCUUAGUGAGGCCAUUACAAUGGCUCCUGAAAAAAAGGCCAUGACACUCAGAGCUAGAAAAUCCUCUGUGAAAGAGAACAAAAGCAAUGAGGAUGUGUUACACACGGGUCAGCCAGCUAGGACAAGCAGUAAAACUCUCUACUUGAAAGAUGAUAACAUUAUUUCAGAAGCCAGAGACACAAAAGGGUUCACGAGUCAGUCUGUGCUGAAAGAACUUGCUGAUAGUGAAUGCACUUCACCUGAGCAGAAAAAAUACUCUGAUAAAACUGAAACUGAUCCCAUAACACUAGCUGAGAAGAUAGCUUAUUCUACAAACAAAAGUAAAUAUUUGGGAAUGACUGAAGAAGUAAACAAACUGCAUUCUGAAAUGAGGAAUGGUGAGAGUGAGAUCUCUUUGGAUAAAAUGGAGAGGUCGGGUGUGAUGAAAUGCUCUGCUGAGAAAAGGAGUUUUAGAGCAGGUGGCACAGAUGGCUGUGAGUUCAGAGCCAACUUUGAUCAUGAAGUUAGUUCAACAAGUGUAAAUAAACUUGGGGUCCAGUGUUCUUCAGUGCUCUCAAGUGGGCAAUUUGGUAAAUCUUCCAGCAGCCACCAUCCUGAUACCCAAGUACUGACCAUUAAAAAAGAGGAGUCGAGGGCCUUUGCUUUAAGGAGAACUUUGGACUUCAAUUGCAAAGAUCAAGACUUCAGCUUAGAUACUACAGCUCAUGAAAGCAGUGGAAAAAUCAGGGUAACUGAUCCAGAAGAAAAGAUCAGGAGAACCAGAAGUAAUGUUUCAGACUUGAAGAUUUCCGAAAGGUGGAGAAGGAGAACCUUGCCUCAGGAUUCUGUCAAGACAGAAGAAGUGGUCUGGUUGAGUCCUGAGAAUAUCAAAAGGCUGAGUCGGACAGAUUCAUUGCAGUUGGAUGAAAGUUCAAUUAAAAAGAGAAGUAAAAAACUCAGAGGAGGGCUGGAAGGGAACGAGGGAAACCAAACUGUUCUUGGCAGUCCUGCUGAUUACUUGAAGAAUCAGAGUUCUGUCUUUGAGCCAAAGGCAACUUAUUUUGCAGUGACUUAUCAGAUUCCUGGUAUCAAGAAAGAGAAAAGCUUUGUUGGGUCUCCUAGUGCGGGUGAAACCAACCCUGUGCCUAGCUCAAGUGAGGGAGCAGCAGAUAAUCUGGACUGUGCUUUUCCUGGAAGGUCCAAACCUUCACUGCAGCAGCCAAAUAAAAGCAUGACCAGUACAAACUGCAGAGAGGGCUCACGGGAAGGGCAGAUGAACAAGGAUGGGGGCAAGAAUGAAAGCAAAGAUGGUAUUUUGUCCAAAAAUGUGGCGUGCAGUAAUUUCCAUGUAUCUAGGAAAGAUAACCAACAGUAUCAUGAAAGAGGACUGGAUCACUCUAAAGAGAAAAUUAUAGAUGUUGAUGCUCUCCUCUUAAAACAGAAUCUGGAAAGUACAGCUCAGACUGAUCUCAAAAGUAGCAGAAGGAAAGCCUCCUCUUUCCAUGAGCCCAGAGCCCCCCUGCGUUUUGCACAGUCACAGAAAGACAGUGAACUAAUCCCCCAGAAAUGUAGUGAAAAAAAUUAUGAUUUCCCUGGAAAGAAGGCUGAGGAUGGUUACAGAUCCCAGAUUCUCGAUAUUGAUGCACUUAUGGCAGAAUAUAAAGAGGAAGCAGUGAAGAGCAGUAACAUUCAGGACAGGCUCUCUGAAGACCCCACUUUGUUGAGUAGAGAGAAAUCAUCAAAGAACAAAAGGAAUGUGCCAGACAGGGGAACUUCUUCCUAUAGCUGGAACGAGUGGAAGGGAUCAGAUCACCAUUCUGUUGCUAACAAACAAGGUGACAAUGCAGCAGAGCAUCAGAAACCAGAGAAAUUAAUUCUGAAUGAAAAGAGCAAAGAGAAACUGGAAUCCUGUGGCACUGAGUCUGAUAAACAGAAGUCCAAAGACAGAAAGUUCAGUCCUCCAUACUGGGGAAAUCCUAGCAGCUUGUUCCCAGAGCAGUUGGUAAAUGCACCUGUGGAUUUCAGCAGGAAGAAAACUUUCAUCGUUGAUGAGGACGAAGAAGUGAACUUAACUUCAAGAAAUCAGGGUUUAAAAUUUGUAAUUGAGAAGGUACAGCCUGUAAAGGCAGACCAGAAGCUGGAAAUUAAUCUUGCUGCCAAGCUGUCCUCAAAGGCAGACGAUGUCCUGCUCCAGAAGAAGGUGGUCCCCAAGGAACAGGGCUUGGAGGUGUCUCCAGAAGGUGACUGGAGUAAAAAUGUGGUCAGGAGGAGCAAGGAGACUGUGAAUAAAGUGGUGUGUGUGAAUGACCCCUCCAGUGUCAGAGGCAGAGCUGACUGGAGGAAUUCCAGCCCAGGGGUGGGAAGUGCAGCCCCGGAUUUGAGGCGCUGUUAUUCCGAGAAGAUCCGGCAAGGGAAGGACAAUUUCCCUCUGGUGCAGGAAGCCUGGGGGAGGAAGGAGCUGUCCUGUGGCAGGCAAAGCUUCCCCUUGGAAAGCACUGAGAAUGGGUGGAAACACAAGAUGCCAGCUCAGUCAGAGCCUUUCUUCCAUGAGGAGACCAAGCAGGCUUCUAGGAAGGAGUGGAGCAAGCAGAGUGCAGAGAGAAGGGAGGGCACAGAUCUCUGGUUGGUUUCUGCUCUGAGGAGCCGGCACAGUUUCUGGAAGGAGCAGAGGGCAGAGAAGGGGACAGUUCCUUGGGAUAAGGACCAGCUGAAGCAGUGCUUCUCCAGGCAGCCCCCGGGUGCCAAGGACACAGACACUUUGGUGCAGGAGCCCGACAACCACUACGGCACCUGGAGCCAGCAGCGGCACAGCGGGGACAGUUUUGUGCCUGAAUCUCCCUCCUCAGAAAACGAUGGCAUUUCCACAAGGAAGCAGCCUCCCAACAGCCACCCAUCCUCCCUCUCCUCCCAAACAGAGCCUGCAUCCCUGGUUGAUCAUCAUGACUUCUCCAAAGACCAAAGGAGCACAAGUUUGGACCGUUCCAGCACUGACAUGGACUCUACUGAUGGGACUGAUUUACCUCCUCCAGGAGACACUUACCCUGAGGAGAAAGCCACUGAUUUCUCUUUCAUUGAUCAAACCACAGUGCUGGACUCCAGUGCCCUGAAGAACCGGGUGCAGCUCAGCAAGAAGAGGAGGCGCAGGGCUCCGGGUCCCACCUCGCUGAGGAGGAGCAGAGGGCUGGAGCUGGAGAACAGAUUCUCCUUGACAGAAGAACCAGAUAACACCUGGAUGUUCAAAGAUUCCACAGAAGAGAAGAAAACUAUGCAACAGGAGGAUUCUGAGGAGGAGGAGAAGAGCCAGCACACUGCCAGGUCACCUGCUGUGCAGGCUCAGAGACUGCCUCUGUUCCCAGGCAUGGACCACUCAGUUCUCAAGGCCCAGCUCCGGAAAAGACAAGAGUCUGAGAGUGCUGGGGACGUGGGUUCUGCUCAGCAGUUCAAGUCCCCCAAGGCAGCCCUGCAGCUGGGUCCUGCUGGUGGCAGAGUGCUGCCCUCCAGUGUGGAGAAGGAGGAAAGGUCAGAAGAAAAGUCUCCUCAGUGGCUGAAGGAGCUGAAAUCAAAGAAGAGACAGAGCCAUUAUGAGAAUCAGCUUUGAAAAGGCAGGGAUUCUGACUUGGAGAAGAGAAAGAAGUUCAACAAGAAGCCUUAACUCAUCUGACCCUGAAAUUCAUGUGUCAUGUUGCUGCUGUUUGCUUCCUGCCUCAACUGCUAUGUGCAUGGUGCCUUCCUCUUGUGUGGAGAAAGCUGCUUGGUGUUCCAGGCAAACACCAGGCUGGGUCCUUCCUGGGGUUUGGGACAGGCAGAGGAGCCCUGUCCUGGAGAAGGAGCUGGCAGGGAGGACUUCAGCCCUGGAACAUUGUCCUGUCCUGUCUGAGCUGUCCCCAGAGGGGCUCAGCAGCUCCCAGCUGGGAUGUGUGGGAGCUGGGGCUUUGUGUUUGCUUAUGGGAAAUAACAAUUUUAAUCAAAUUUAUCUUUUUUUUUUUUUUUUGGUGAAAAAAUAGUAAGCUCCUGUUUUAGAAUGAAGUCUGUGGAAGGUGAGAGUGGAAGAACAAAUGAUGUUUACUGCCAUAUUGAAAAAGGAAACUUGAUUAUUUUUUUGUAAAAUGUAUUUUUGAUUGGCUUAUAUUUACCUGGGAUCUGCUGACCCAGCAGGUGAAUAUCACUUUUAGAUGAACAAAACGUUAACUUUUGUCACUCUUGAAAUGGUGUAUUCUGUGUUUUGUCAGCAUGUGGAAUAACUGAUUCAUUGGAAUGUCUUUCCUAAAAAGGAUCAAGCAAUAAUGUCAACCAGUUCUCUUUGGG